AGAGACGAUGGUGUAGGAAAAAAAAUGACAUUGUAAAAAAGAAAAAAAGACAAAAAAGAAAGUGAGAAGGGAAAUUGAAUUCCCUUCUUCUUCUUCUACCACGGCAAAUUGGUCUCGCCCCUUUAAGGGUGAGGGAAGAAAAUAACAAAAACAACAAUCUUUAAUGCAAAUAACAUCAACAACAACACAUAUGUGGAAUUUUGCAAACUAAAAGAGACAGACAUCAUUGCAGAAGGAACAUAGUUAAUAGUUUUAUUUUAUUAUUAUUAGGCCAUUAUGAGCACCAACAACAAUAACCAUAAUAAUAAUGUGGCCUCUUCUCCCUCCCCUUCUGUGCCUGUCUCACUGGAGGAACCUUCCAAUGGUAAAACCAAAAGGCUCUAUCAACUUUGGAAAGGAAACAAUAAAUUUCUAUUUGGUGGAAGAUUAGUCUUCGGUCAGGAUGCAUCAUCGCUUUUUUUGACAUCGUUCCUGAUCGGAGGUCCGGCAAUAACAUUCUGCAUAAGAAUGCUAAUAAUAAUGACAGAAGAAUAUACUCUUUUUAACCACCUUGUACUUAUUGGAGGAGUAGUCCUCACAAUUUUGGAUUUUACGUUUCUGUUCAUGACAUCUGGUAGAGAUCCAGGAAUUAUCCCCAGGAGUUCUCAACUUCCUGAAUCAGAUGAAUCCUUUUGCAUAAACACACCAUCUAUGGAGUGGGUUAACAAUAAAACCCCUAAUCUCAAACUACCUAGAGUGAAGGAUGUGAAAGUCAAUGGCCAUACGGUGAAAGUGAAAUUUUGUGAUACUUGCUUGCUCUAUCGUCCACCACGCGCUUCCCAUUGCUCUAUUUGCAAUAACUGUGUGCAGAAGUUUGAUCAUCAUUGCCCUUGGGUUGGUCAGUGUAUUGGAUCACGUAACUAUCCAUUCUUCAUAUUGUUCAUAUCAUCAUCAACCUUGUUGUGCAUAUACGUCUUCUCGUUUUCUUGGGUUACCAUUCUUCGACAACAAGGUACCAUGUGGUCAAUCAUGUCACGCGAUGUUCUAUCAGUUGCUCUCAUUGCAUAUUGCUUCAUAGCAGUUUGGUUUGUUGGUGGUCUAACAGUCUUCCAUCUUUACUUGAUUUCCACCAACCAGACAACUUAUGAGAAUUUUCGGUAUCGCUACGAUAAGAAGGAAAAUCCAUUUACAAAGGGAAUAGUGGAAAAUUUCAAAGAACUUUCAUGUUCUAAGAUUCCAAGUCCAUUGAUCAAUUUCAGAGAAUGGGUGGCAGAAGAGGAUGAUAUUCAAGAUGAAUCCUUUACUUCGGAUCUUGAAAAAGGUUUUAUAAGCUCAAAACAAAAGUUUGACAUGGACAUGGGAAUAUACAGCAAGGACGGUAUGCGAGUUCCUGGUAUUUUACAGGAUUUGGAUUACAACGGCAUUGAGGAUCAUCCUAAGAAGACGACGAAGGCAGGAGCAAAAGAUGGAACGUUUGAUAUUUUUGUUCCUGCUGAUCAAGAACUAAAAUAUUCCCAAUGGAGAUCCAAAGUUGGAGUCGUUGCUCAAGAUGUGAAACAUUAGCUCCUUUCGGAUAGCAUUUCUGGUUCUUUAGAGACUAAGAUCCAUUUGGAAUGCUGUUUUGCUAAUGAAUUGGGGUGGCUUGAAAAGGGUAAGGGUAGUGAGUUGAUUUAUAAUGGAAUUUGUAAUUUGAAUCAACAAAUGGUAUGUCUCAAAGGAAAACUCAGAUAUUGAUAUCUCAUUACUCAAAAUGGAGAAAAAAAAGUUGACAAGUUACAAAAAUUGGCACAUGUUCACAUAUCAUUGCAUGCAUGCAGAACAUACAAAUGAGUGAAGGAACUGAAUUAAUGUAUGAUGGAUAAUGCAUGUUCUUUCUUAGCUAGUGUGGAUUGUAGCUCUUGUUUUUAUCUGCAAUUCAAUCUGCACCUUUAUUUUUA